AGGAAAUAGUAGUCCAAAUAGUAGUAUUAAUUUAUUUAACUGACUAUGAAAGUGAUAUCCCACCUAAAGGAUAUAGUCAAAUAUAGUAUCCAGUAUAUGUGUGUGACGCACUGUUUCUUUGAAUAUGUAGGAGAUUUUGUCGUGUGCAAUGGCCCUUCCAUGGAGCCCACUCUCUUUUCCAACAACAUUCUUUUAACAGAAAGAAUAACCACACGUUUUUAUAAACCCAAUCGUGGCGAUAUAGUUAUUGCUGUCUCUCCCACAAAUCCUGAUCAAUACAUUUGCAAACGCGUUAUUGGCCUACCAGGUGAUAAAAUCAUUACGGAAAAACUUACCGAAAACAAGGAAGAUGAAACGUUGAGUAAAACCGUAGAUAAAUAUACACCCACCUUCAACGACGAGUACGUGCCAAAGGGGUUUGUAUGGAUUGAAGGUGACAAUAGUACAAAUAGCUCGGAUUCUCGUUACUAUGGUCCAAUUCCUUUGGGUCUAAUAAGGAGCAGAGCCAUUUGUAGAAUUUGGCCUUUGAAUGAAAUAAAAACUUUAUGAAAGGUGGUUGUUUAAGAAAGAAAUUUCUUAAAAUAUAGAUGAAAUUUAUUUAAAAUAAAAAUUAUAUGACUGGAAAACAA